AAAAUCUCAUGAAAGAUAGUUCCACGCGGCUGAAUAGCGAGCGCAAGACAUAAACCAGUAAAAGCAAAGUUUUAAGUAGGCCUGUAGGCUACUGCCUCGCGUUUGCAUAGGCUCACCGAUUCUGUCUGUCGUCUCGGUAACCUGAGAAGCCUCUCCAAUCACUGCAAAUCUCUGUCCGGACUCUCCGCAGCUCGCCGGGGACUCAUACAGCGCAAAAUGUCCGAGAACGGGGUAACCGUGCGGAGGAGCAAGGUGUUGACCAUCGAUACAAUGAAUGCAACCGUGAAGAAAGUUGAGUAUGCUGUCAGGGGACCGAUUGUACAACGCGCAUGGCAAAUUGAGAAAGAGCUUAAAGAGGGUGCUAAAAAGCCGUUUACAGAGGUCAUCAAAGCCAACAUUGGUGAUGCCCAUGCCAUGGGUCAGCAGCCAAUCACCUUCUUCAGACAGGUCCUGGCCCUGUGUUCUUAUCCAGAGCUGCUGAACAAUAACAACUUCCCAGAGGACGCUAAGAGCAGAGCCCGUCGCAUUCUGCAGGGAUGUGGAGGGAAAAGCAUUGGAGCGUACAGUGCCAGCCAAGGCAUCGAGUGCAUACGGCAGGAUGUUGCCCGCUACAUCGAGCGUCGGGAUGGCGGCGUGCCCUGUGACCCGGACAACGUAUAUCUCAGCACAGGGGCCAGCGAUGGCAUUGUGACCAUGCUGAAGCUGCUGGUAGCGGGCGAGGGCCGGAGCCGCACGGGUAUCAUGAUCUCCAUCCCCCAGUAUCCCCUCUACUCGGCGGCCCUGGCCGAGCUGGACGCCGUGCAGGUCAACUACUACCUGAAUGAGGAGAAGUGCUGGAGCCUGGACAUCAGUGAGCUACAGCGCUCUCUAGAGGCUGCCAGGAAGCAUUGCAACCCCCGCGCUCUCUGCAUCAUCAACCCAGGCAACCCAACAGGUCAGGUUCAAAGCAGGCAGUGUAUUGAAGAUGUGAUCCGAUUCGCUGCCAAGGAGCGUCUCUUCCUUAUGGCUGAUGAGGUGUAUCAGGAUAAUGUGUAUGCUGAUGGUUGCCAGUUCCACUCCUUUAAGAAGGUUCUGUUUGAGAUGGGACCUGAGUACUCCGACACUGUGGAGCUGGCCUCCUUCCAUUCCACCUCCAAGUGCUACAUGGGAGAGUGUGGUUUCCGAGGAGGCUACAUGGAGGUGAUCAACAUGGACCCUGAGGUGAAGGCCCAGCUCACCAAGCUGGUGUCAGUGCGCCUGUGUCCCCCUGUCCCCGGCCAGGCCCUCAUGGACCUGGUGGUGAACCCCCCCCAGCCAGGGGAGCCCUCCCAUGGCACCUUCAUGAAGGAGCGCAAUGCCGUGCUGAGCGCCCUUGCAGAGAAGGCCAAGCUGACGGAGCAGAUUCUGAACACAGUGCCAGGCAUCACCUGUAACCCGGUGCAGGGCGCCAUGUACUCCUUCCGCAUCACGCUGCCAGAGCGCGCCAUCCAGGAGGCUAAGGAGAAAGGGCAGGCUCCUGACAUGCUGUACUGCAUGAAGCUGCUGGAGGAGACUGGCAUCUGUCUGGUCCCAGGUAGUGGCUUUGGCCAGAGAGAUGGCACCUACCACUUCAGAAUGACCAUUUUACCUCCAACUGACAAACUGAAGAUUCUUCUCAGCAAAUUGAAGGAGUUUCACCAGAAAUUCACCAAGCAUUACUCAUAAUAUUUAGGUCUCUUGGACCAGUCAGUGAGAUUCUUCUUAACUGAUUUGACCAAUGAGUCAUUGAUCUAACAACAACCUAGCGUCUAUCUAUUUUUGAAUGAUUUUUGUUUGGGACCAAAAUGACAUCAAUCGAUGGAGUUUAGAGUGAUACCGGAAUAUGCAUUUACAUCUUUUAGCAUAUAGUAAUCCCUUUGGGGGGUACUUUUCUAUAUCAAAGUAAAUCUUUUUAGCCAUUUUAAGCCAUUGACUAGGUUUAAAAAAUCUUUACACGUCUAUGCUACUAUGGAGAGCGGUUCUGCAGAUAAACUGACAUAUUUUAAUGCUGAAAGUGUAAAAAGAAGGGUAUAAAAAUGACUGUUUGUGCAGUCCGUGCAUUACCUUGCUCUUUCUUAGGUCACCACCUUUUACAUCCAUUGACAGUAGCUUGUGUCGCAUUCAAUAAAACAACUUAUACGGACUUCCUCCUCAAAAGAUAGCCCUACAAAAAUAGGCCAUAAGUUGCUGUUAGACCAGAGUUUCCCUUUAACUGUCUUGACUUGACCAGCCAAAGUGCCACAAUCAUUUACUCCUAAAUAUGAGGUGUGAAUUGUCUACCAAAAGGAAUCAAGAUUGCUUUGCUGUCCUUGGACUUCUGCCAAACACACAGAAGAAGCCGUUAAAGAGAGCCAGAUUAACAUAUCCUAAGUCUAAACAUUAGCAAUUAGUCUAAAGAUUUAUUACACUGAGGCCUGUUUCACACUGGUGGUGUUGUGUUUGCAAUAGCUCGAGCUGUGUGAUGCAUGUAGAUAGA